AUGGCGACACUAGAUGACUACUUUUCAAUACAGACUUUUUUGAUCGUAUUGAGAGAAACUUUGGAAUCCGCGAUCAUUAUUUCUGUCCUUUUAUCCUUUGUUCACCAAACAUUUUGCGCCGACGAAGAAAAGAAUCAGAAUGAAAGCGGAAGUCAAUAUCGGGAAAUACCACAAGAAUCACCAUCACCGUCAUUGUUAUCUGAGGAGAGUGAGGCAGUGGAGGCAAAACUAGUUGAUAGGAAAUUAGGACGAAUUCUAAAAUUCCAAAUCUGGUUUGGUGGAUUAUUAGGACUUGCAGUUUGUCUAUUGGUAGGUGCAAUAAUACUUGUCGUUUUCUACAAAGUGGGAAAUGAUUUAUGGUCAAUUGCCGAGCAUUAUUGGGAAGGGACUUUUUCCAUCCUUGCAAGCAUCAUUAUUUCAGUGAUGGGGAUCCAGAUUUUGAGAGUGAGCAAGAUGCAACAAAAAUGGAAAGUCAAAUUGGGGAGACUUUUACAACUGUCGAAACAUUUCAAUCCACUGAUAUCUAGCCCAACUCAGAAAUCGAAUGGUGGCUGGUUUUACCAAUUGGAGUUAUUGACAGAGAAAUACAAUAUGGUUUUAUUGCCAUUCAUCACCACUUUGAGGGAAGGGCUCGAGGCUAUAGUUUUUAUUGGUGGUAUUGGCGUGAAUGAAGAUACAUCGAUAUGGGCAAUCAUUAAUGCGGCAGUAUUAGCGGUCAUCAUAGGUACAUUGAUUGGCUGCAUUUUAUACAGAUCAGGGAAUACCUUGUCUUUACAAUGGUUUCUCAUCACGUCCACCUGCUUUUUAUACUUGGUUGCAGCAGGUUUAUUCUCCAAAGGUGUGUGGAACUUCGAACUUCAACAAUUUAUCAACCAAUGUGGCGGUAUGGAUGUUAGUGAGACGGGACAUGGACCAGGUUCUUAUGAUAUCGAAAAAAGUGUAUGGCAUGUCAAUUGUUGCAAUGGUGAAUUACAAGACGAUGGCGCCUUUUGGAUGAUUUUGACCGCAAUUUUGGGUUGGACCAAUUCGGCGACAUAUGGAAGCGUGAUUAGUUACAUCUUGUAUUGGAUAGUGGUGAUUAUUGUAUUCACCUCGUUAACAUACGAAGACAAGCAUGGAUAUUUACCCGUUGUACCAAUACGUUGGCAGCUCAAACGUAUCAAGAAGAGAGCCUCCUUAUACAGUCAACCGUUGGUGGGCAGCGACAACAGACUCAGCAUAGACUCAGUCAAUUCGCAAACUCCUUUACAACAAUAG